UUGAAUAAUUUACGAGUAGGUUUUACCGCGGAAUGUCACGGGCAGGGUAUGUCAAAAUAUAUAAUAAAAGGUCGUGUCAUGCGCACUGGCGCUUCGGCUCGCGGGGUCCCAGUCAGUCGCUUCGCGAUUACCGAACGGGCUUCUAUGUGUUCUUCCUUCGAAAUACGACCGUUCGAGCGCGGCGUUUAAAAAUUUAAAUUAAGAACACGUGCGUGAACAUUGAACGGUCAAUUAUUGACAGUGUUUUAAGUGUUGUGAACUUCGUGGUAUGAAAUAUGAAGUUAUUGGGUUAACGUAGGAAGUUUAAAAGAAAAUAUAAGUGUUGGAGACUUCGGCAGUGAGUCGGGUUGAUAAUGUGAAAAUAUAAGAGCAAUCAUGAUGAGGGUUGCUGCGCUGCUAUGCUUAUUUGGAUAUUUAGGCAUGUCGUCCGGCGGCGGCGGCGUCAGCGACCAGGACCUAUUAUUUAACACGACGACAAGCUACAACGUAACAGAAGGCGUGGAGCCGCAUUUCGACAAUGCGACAAAGCGCGACUACACCGCGGCAGUCGGCCAGGCUGCCUAUCUGCACUGCCGCGUCAAGAGUUUAGGCGACAGAGCGGUUUCCUGGAUCCGCAAACGCGACCUCCACAUCCUCACCGUAGGCGUCCACACGUACAGCAGCGACGCGCGGUUCGCUGCGCUCCACACUGACGGCACGGACGAGUGGACGCUGCGUGUGGCACCAGCGCAGCCGCGGGACUCCGGUGGCUACGAGUGCCAGGUCUCCACGGAACCUAAGAUCAGCCUGUCCUUCAGGCUCACCGUUGUUGUGUCGAAGGCGGAGAUCCUCUCGGGUCCCGAGCUGUUCGUGCGGGCCGGAUCCGAUAUCAACCUCACGUGCAUCGCGAGGCAUGCGCCCGAUCCACCAAGCUUCAUCUAUUGGUACCGCGGCCCACACGUGGUGAAUUACGCGCAGCGCGGCGGCAUCAGCGUGGAGACGGAACAACGGACUCGCACCAGCAGGCUGCUGAUUGCGCGCGCCGCGCCCAGAGAUUCCGGGAACUACACAUGUGCUCCGAGCAGCUCUGAUUCAGCUUCAGUGGUGGUCCACGUGGUGAGCGGCGAGCGUCCAGCGGCCAUGCAAAGUCACGCCUCAAAACUUCUGCCACACUAUCCCAUCUUUCUCCUAUUAUUCGCAUUUAACACAAACAUCUUUGACGUCAAAGCACUACGUGAUAACUUAAAAACAUUUCUCAUAUUCUUAAAAGUAGUUUUCGUAUACAAUUUCCCUAGAAAAUGCGUUGUAAGAUGACCAGCUAUCUAAAACCGUUCUGCUUUUUAAAAUCCUAGGAAUUACGAGAAACUGAUAUUAAAGAAACGAAUUACUGUAAGUAUCAAGUAGGUUUCAGUAGAUUACUUAUAGUAUUGUUACUAUGUACAGCGGAAUCCUUCAUAAAAUCUAAUAAGAGAAAAGUGGUUAAAUUCGUAGGUUAUAUUUCGUAAUUAUGAAGACACAAAAAUGGAUAACUAGGUAUGUUACUUGCUCCUAUACCCUAAUGCGCAAGGUCGUCUCAAGUCUAGUGAACUUAGAUUUAUUUUCGAUUGCAAAGAAGCAAAAUGGCUUUCUUUUCUAAUUGUAAUUUAUGAGAACCCAUACCUGUUUACAAUAUUAUGUUACCAAUACCAAUGUUAGUAGGCAUGAGUGAAAAUGUAUUGUUUUUGUUUACCCAUCCUUAGAAUAAUGACUACAUUUUAGACCUAAGUAUGCUCCUAAAUCAUAAAUUACAAAAACAUUCUGGUGUCUGCUAGGAGUUAUAUUGUACAGCUGAAAAUUACCACGGAAUCAGCAUUAUUUUCAACGACGUGCGCUGUUAUCGGUUUUAUUUGGCGACGUAAAAAGAAUGAAUAAAAUGAUGUGUUUAUCAGUCACAUUAUUGUAUCAAAUCAAUUGAUUUCGCUUCAUUUAACUCGCAUACAGGUGUUUUCAUUUGUAUUGGAGUUAUAUAAAAGCUGUCCAGGAAUUCUUUCUCUUAUUUUAUUUCUUGACAUAGUCUGUCACUCAGUAUCUUCAUAGAUAAUAUUGUAUAAUUGAUUAAACGAGUACAAUAAAAAUAUUCAGAAAUGUAAUGGAAUAAAAUCACAAAAAAAUCAUUUGGAUUUAUUUAAGAUGGAAUAAUUCCUCACCUCACUGUCAUAUUAUAUUUCGUCAUGGUUGAUUCAUAACUUUUACAAUUUAUUUGCUCAAAGGAAAAAGUUUUCAUAAAUCUCAUUUAAUUAUCUACGAAGUAUCUAAACACUGUAAGAUUCAAACAAUGGCCGAAGGAGAAUAAAUGAUUCUACAUUAUUCUGAAUUAGUCUGAAAUUUCCCUACGCUUCUUCCUUAAACACUCAAAUUGUAAGGAAUGUAUGAUAAAUAUAACUUGUAAAUAAAAUAAAUUACUUUUUUGAGUUGUUUCUCAUAACAUAAAUCUAGAUCAGUGUUAAUGAAAUUGUUUUCAAAUACGUAAUUAAUGUUUACAAACGGAAUGAUUGUUCAUGAAUCUGUAUUAAGUGUAAUAAAAUUCUUUAUGUAUUGGUUAAGUGCCGUUGUAAAUAUUUUGUAAAUAAAACAGUUUUAUGUGUCAUAAA